AUGCGAAUAGGUCCGCGCACGUUGGAGAGAGCAGCCGUCUUACAUCAUCACAUCGGCAGCAGAACCAUGGGAGACAUGGUCAUCGAGACCUUCCCACCCAAUCCUGGUGAGCAGACUGGGGCAGAGGGAGAGGAGGGUGGAGGAGCCCAACCCCUAGAGGAUCAACCAGACGGGAGGGGUCCUACUGAGGGCCCUACAGAUGUCAGUGCCGAGGGCACAGAGGUGGCUCCAGACUCGCCCUCCAAGCAGCUUCCAGACCAGAUCUCCUUCUUCAGUGGAAACCCCUCAGUGGAGAUUGUCCACGGCAUCAUGCACCUCUACAAGACCAACAAGAUGACAUCACUGACGGAGGACAUGCGUCGCAGUGCCAUGCUGUGUAUCCUGACCGUACCCUCCACCAUGACAAGACACGACCUCAUGAAGUUUGUGGCACCAUUUUAUGAUGUCAUGGAGCACAUGAAGAUCAUACGAGACUCCACCCCUAACCAGUACAUGGUGCUGAUCAAGUUUAGUAGCCAGGCUGAUGCAGAUAGUUUCUACACAGCGUGUAAUGGCUGUACGUUCAACUCCAUAGAGGAUGCAGUCUGCCAGCUGGUCUAUGUGGAGAGAGCUGAGGUCAUCAAGUCUGAGCAGGGCGCCAGUCUUCCAGUGAUUGAGCUGGCAGAGCUUCCUAAGUGUACCGUGUGUCUGGAGAGGAUGGAUGAGUCAGUGAAUGGGGUACUCACUACACUCUGUAACCACAGCUUCCACAGCCUGUGUCUGCAACGCUGGGAGGAUGCCUCGUGUCCUGUGUGUCGGUAUUGUCAGACCCCAGAGCCUGUAGAGGAUAACAAGUGCUUUGAAUGUGGAGUUCAGGAGAACCUUUGGAUCUGUGGUCAUAUCGGCUGCGGUCGCUAUGUCAGUCGUCAUGCCUACAAACACUUUGAGGAGACGCAACACACGUACGCCAUACAGCUCACUCACCACCGUGUCUGGGACUAUGCUGGAAAUAACUAUUUUCACAGGCUGGUGGCCAGUAAGACUGAUGGGAAGAUGGUUCAGUAUGGGUGUGAAGGAGAAACCUGUCAAGAGGAGAAGAUAAAUGCUCUGCAACUAGAGUACUCUCACCUGCUAACGAGUCAGCUGGAGUCCCAGCUCAUUUACUGGGAGAAUAAGAUUGAUCACCUGGAGAAGGACACAGCAGAGGAGAUCAGCAACCUGAAGGCCAAGUUUAAGGAGACCAUAGAUCGAUGUGAUAACCUGGAGCGUCGGCUGGGAGAGCUGGCCAAGGACAAACAGAGCAUGGACAAGAAGUGUGGUCAGUUGUCGACCCGUGUGACGAAACUUGUUCAGGACCUGAAAGAGGAACAGGAAAUGAAUCGCUGUCUGAGAGCCAGUCAGGUUCAGCUACAGGCCCAGUUGGCUGAAGAUGAGCACAAGGCUAGAGAGACUGGCGAGCGUAAGGACAGGGUGAUAGCAGAGCUCCAGGAGCAGCUGAGAGAUGUCAUGUUUUACCUGGAGACUCAGCAGCAGAUAGGUCUGCCUCCAGAGACCAGGACUGAGAUACAGGAAGGACACAUCAACAUAGGCGCAGCAGCCACUCCCGCCCCAGGACCCUCCACCGCCAUAGGCCGAGGCCGCAGGGGGCGGUCCAAAAAGGGGAGGGAGAGACUAGAUCCUAAUUCUGGGGGAGAGAGAGACUAGAACCUAAUUCUGGGGAAGUGGCACAACCAGGAAGUGGAGAGAAGUCAUAAACCCUGCCUAUUUCUACAAUUUAUUUUCUUAAAAUGUGAUUUUAAACCGAACCUUAGCCUUAACCACACUGCUAACCUUAUUCCUAACCUUAAAUGAAGACCAAACAUUUUUGUUUUCAUACAUUUUCUAUGAUAUAGCCUAUUUUGACUUUGUGGCUGUGGUAAAACCAGAGAUGUCAGAUGCCUGAAAUGCCGAACCAAAAUUACCUUAUUAAAGUGUGUGUGGUGUGCGUGCGUGUUUGCGCAAUUGUGUGUGUUUGUGCUUUUCAAAUGGACUUUGGCUCCUUUGACAGUACUCUAAGAGGAUGGGAUCAGAAGUUAAGUGUAUAUCUCUGCUUCAAGGUGCCCACUUUGACUUCUCCCUCCAUUCUUCUAUAAAAAAAAAAAGUCAUCUUGUUUUCUUCCUGAAAGGAGGAGAGAUUCAUGUGAAUAAGGAAGUGAGAAGUGGACAAAUACCUCAUGUUUGAAUAUGCUGGCUUUUCUAACUAACUGUCCAGUCAGUUUUUGUAGGUAUGUGUGUUGUUAUAAAUGGGUUGAGAAAGUCUGCUUCUGAGGUUCCCUACCAGCUGGUUGUCAGCGUUUGUCAUCUCUGUUUUAUCAAACAUCUGACUCCAAUCUGGUCUCAGGAAACGGAAUGACUCAGUUCUAUCGUGAGAAUGUUUAUUUAUUUUUCAUUUAGAUCAUUUAAAAUGUGACAGAAAACAAACUGAACAUCACUUUAUCUGAGAGAUUAAGUCAAGUGCUGAAAUAUUUAAUUUCUCAAUUUAGUUCUGUGUAGACUUAACAGACAGGCACAGGUAUGUGUGGCUGAUGCUUUGGCAUUCCUACACUAAUCUGAGAUGUGCACCUGAUGUCAAGGGUUGCCCUAUUGCCUGGGCCAAGUCAUUUGAGCAGUCAUGCAAGUUAAGCCUAAGGUUGCACGUUGGGCAGGUGAUUUUUGACAAAAAAAAAGUAAAA